CAACCAGACCCGAAGCAGUUUUUUUGGAGCGGCGUGCAGUUUAUCAUUUUGUCUCAAUUCACGGAUAUGUAAAUAUAGCCGGCGGUGACCAAGUUGUUCGUCAAGAAUCACGGUGAAAUCAAAAUUAAUUAAAAAACUUAUCGUAACAACAAUUAAAUAACACCGACAAAAUGCCUUUUAUGAUCGGCAGAGCUCCUGUCAGGAGAACUCUUAAAUAUCUUGAGGCUGGGAAACUUGUGCUAAAGGAUACCAUUCAAAUAUUUUCCAUGAAUUAUAAUAUAGCUGGUCAAAAUCAUGUCGGAGCAAAAGAUUUCGCAUUUUGGCACAUACCGCAAAUUCAAUAUAAAAAUCCUGAUGUACAAGUUAUAACCUUCAAGAAGAUGACUCCCUCACCUUUCGUCCGAUGUUUUUAUAAGGAUGGAAAACAAUUGCUGAUUGAUGUCGAUGGGAAGAAUAAAGAUGAAAUACUAGAACAUCUGAUAAAAGUAGUUGGAAAAUCAGAGGAAGUUUUGCACAGAGAAGCCUUGGCUGCUGAGAAAAAAGAUAAUCCUGCAAAUUUUGGAAUAGGCUGCGAACACGGGUGCAUGUGCGACAUAGAGGGACAAUUGGUGUGUCCAGGAAUAGUGCCAUUGCCAAAUCACAUGAGAGGAAAAUUCAAAUACGCUCAGAACUAGAAAUUCUGUUAGCAUUGUGUAUCGAUCAUUUAAAACUCUUUUAUUUGUAAAUAAAAUCUAUAAAACAAGGA